AUGAAGCCAUCUACCGGCGGCUUUACUUCCGCAGCAGGGGACCUUGUCGUGAUGAUGAAACUUCGACCACCCACCAUUCAGACUUUGUUAGCAGACACGCUUCAGUUCUAUCUGGAAGGGAUUAUCUCCCCACCUUCUCCUAUCACUCCUUUGAAUUCCUCGGAGGCUGGUGAUGAUCUCAGGCGCUUAAAAACCGGCAAGUCAACAGGGAAGACUGUGUUAGGUUCCUCUGACGACGAUAUUGUCUCGGUAGGCCAUGUUGUGCUCCCUGAAUGA